CUGAGCUGCCCCCAAGGCUCUCCUGAAGAAGGGCUGUGAUUGUGCCCUCAGCUCCUGACACAGAAGGGCUGCAGGUCAAGGUGAUUCCUGACACCAAAGAGUGUCUUUGCCCUGCCUGGAGGAAAGUAAAUGACUUAGGAUUUUCCCCAGCUCCCAUAAUUUACAUGUUGCUUUUGCCCUGGAGCAGGAAGACGUUUGUCCUUGCUAAGCUUUGGGAUUUAUUGUCACGUUAGACUCUCAAACUGAGACUCUAAUGAAGCAAAAUCAUAUUAGGGCUCUAAUAAAUGCGUCAUGGAAGAGCUGUGUGUUAUUCAAAGAUGAGCUGUGUUACAUUUAACCCCCUGGCUCUCAGAUCAGGCCCUCUGUGACCUGCGUGUUUCACAUCCUACACAAGGUGCAGAAAGACUGAAGCUACAAAUACUCUUUUCCUUUAAUUAGCUCUUGUUUUGUGCAUUUGCUGCUUUCUUCCACCCACCCAGAGAGUCCUUUUGUCACUGAGGGGGCUCGGGGACCCCAACAGCCUCUCCAGCAUCUCUGCUGGGUGCUUUGUCACAUAAGUGUAGGAACCUGGAAUGUGUGAGGCUCAGAGGUUUGCUGAAUAAUUCAGGUUGGAGACACUUCAGAAGAUCUCUAGUCCAACAUCAGCCUCCAGACAGGGCCAGCUGUGAGGUCAGACAGGGCUGUUCAUGGCUUUGACCAGUUGGGUCUUGAAAACUUCUGAGGAUGGAGAUGUGCAGCCUCUGGACAACCUGCUCCAAUGCUUGAUGGGGAAACAUUUCUCAUUUUAUCCAGUCUAAACCCCUCUUGUUUCAGCUUAUACCUGUUGUCUCAUCCUCCUGCCAUGCUCAGCUCUGAAGAGCCUGGUGCAGCCUCCUUGGUGCCUCCCAGGAGGUAGGGGAAAGCUGGUGGUGACUCCCUGCACAUCUUCCCUUCUCCAAGCUGAACAAGCCUUUCUCCUUGGUCUCUUACUCCAGAGCACUGCUCCAACCCCACCCAUCCCAGCAGACUCCUGCUGAACUCCCCGGAGCAGACACUGCUGGAUUUCCAUAAAGCCUUCACUCACCUCCUACUCUUGAUCCCUGUGUAAAACCCCCACCAUUUCCCACAUUUCCCUGCCCUCCAGUCCAGACUCAGAGACCUUCCCUGGACCCUCCCCAGGGCUCUGAACCUGCAACAUCUUGUGCUUUGUCUUGUGUUUGCUUGUUAUUGAUAAAUUCACAGGCACCACCCAGGUGGGGUUUUGCUCCUCUCUCUGCACAUGGCAGUGGGAUUGUGAAAGGAGCAACAGCUUGGAUGUGAGAGCCACUGAAAAUCCUCCUUCCCAUGGGGCCCAUCCUCUGAGCCAGGAGCAGGAGAGGCUGAGUGCCUGAUUUUCUGGUCUAGUCCAUGCAAGAGCUGAGCUGGGAUGGAGCAGGACUCACGUGCCACGUGGGAGUUCAAUGGCUCCUUCCAUCAGCCUUCAGCUUUCCUCAUGCUGGGCAUCCCAGGCCUGGAAGCCCUUCACCCCUGGAUCUCCAUCCCUUUCUGUGCUCUCUACCUCACUGCUCUCUUGGGGAACUGCAUGAUCCUGUUCAUCAUCAGGAGGACCCAAAGUCUCCACGAGCCAAUGUACUACUUCCUGUGCAUGCUGGCGGUCACCGACCUGGGCCUGGCCCUGUGCACCCUGCCCACCACGCUGGGGCUCUUCUGGUUCAACCUGCGCAGCAUCGGCUUCGAUGCCUGCCUCGCCCAGAUGUACUUCAUCCACAUCCUGUCCUUCAUCGAGUCCUCCGUGCUCCUGGCCAUGGCCUUCGACCGCUUCAUUGCCAUCUCCCGCCCCCUGAGACACCCCUCCAUCCUGACCAAGGCCACUGUCACAAAGAUAGGCCUGGCCAUCGUGCUCAGGGGGAUGGUCUCCCUCCUUCCCAUUCCCUUCCUGCUCAAGAGACUGACCUACUGCGGGAAGACGGAGCUGUCCCACUCCUUCUGCUUCCAUCCCGACAUCAUGAACCUGGCCUGUGCAGAUAUAAAGGUCAAUGUCUUCUAUGGCAUGAUCAUUCUCUUGUCCACGGUGGGGAUGGACUUCAUCUUCAUCGUGCUGUCCUACAUCCUCAUCAUCAAAACCGUCGUCAGCCUCGCGACCAAGGAGGAGUGUCUGAAGGCCCUGAACACGUGUGUGUCCCACAUCUGUGCUGUCCUGGUGUUCUUCAUCCCCAUGAUCGGCCUGUCCAUGAUCCACCGCUUUGGGAAGAACGUUCCCCCUCUGGUGAACGCUUUGGUGGCCUACACCUACCUCCUCAUCCCCCCCGCCCUGAACCCCAUCAUCUACAGCAUCAAAUCCAGCCACAUCCGCGAGGCCUUGCUCAGGGCCCUGCGCAGGAGCAGUGGGGCUGACUGGUAGCUUCCCCCACCAGCUCUGCCAGAAAGUGCUGCUGGACUGGUUUCUCAGUCAGGGACAGCAGGCUGAUUUCUUGGUCAGACCUGGUUCACUGGUUUCUUGGUCAGAGCUCUUGGACUGCUUUCUUGGUCAAAGCUCUUGGACUGGUUUCUCACUCAGAGCUGGUGGGCUGGUUCCUUGGUGCUCCAUCCACACAGCAGGUCACUGCCAGAGGAAAGAACUGCAGAUCCACUCAGAUGCUGUCUCCCAACCCAGAGCUGUGAACUUCCCUGUUGUGUCCCAGGAUGAUGCCUUCAUCCCUUCCAGCAGCCUGUGAACACCCCAAGCAUUAAUGAAACAUCCAGGUGGAACCCCAGUGAGGGAGACAAUUAAAGAAACAUGGGCUGCAUGACUUUGUCUUUCCAAGUCAUAGGGGGGGAAUUGAGGAACCUCCAUCACAUGUGAGACAAACUUGUAGCAGAUAACAGGGUGUGACCUUCACUGAGAGACC